UCACUGCUCAGUGAUGAUUGGCUAACUUCACUAUUUCCGCCUCCCCCACCCAUUACUUUAGAUGGAAAGGUCGCGUUGAAUUAUUGACAUUACCAACGCGUCUAAAAGCUCAAAAGACGACAACAACGACGAUUCGCAACUUUGCGAAGCCGGAGAGAAAAGGAAAGAGAAAGGAACGGCAAGCAAUAUGAACACAGUCGAGCGCGGAGCCAUGGGGGAAGAAAAGGAUAUAAGACUAGGAGAUGGGGAGCAUAGACAUGCUACAGAUGUGGAAAAAGCUGGCAACGAUGGUGGUGACAUGAUGGGAGGAACACCGUCCACGAAACCCGACCUACCUCCUCUAAAAGGCCUAUCAUUCCUCGACCGCUUUCUAGUAGUAUGGAUCAUUCUCGCCAUGGCCAUUGGCAUCGCCUUGGGAAACACCGUCGAUUCCGUGGGUCCCGCGUUACAAAGAGGAGAAUUCGUCGGCGUCAGUAUACCAAUCGCAAUCGGCCUCCUAGUCAUGAUGUACCCUAUUCUCUGCAAAGUCCGCUACGAAACUCUCCACCUUCUCCUCAAGAAACGCGAACUCUGGAUCCAGAUUGCAGUCUCGUUUGUGCUCAACUGGAUCAUCGCACCUCUCUUCAUGGUAGCACUCGCUUGGGCUUUCCUGCCCGACCGGCAAGACCUCCGCGAAGGACUCAUCUUCGUGGGCAUUGCACGUUGCAUUGCCAUGGUCCUCAUCUGGACUGAUCUGGCGGGCGGCGACGGCGAUUACUGCGCCGUCUUGGUUGCAUUCAACAGCAUACUGCAGAUUGUCCUGUUUGCACCGUUUGCCGUGUUUUAUAUCCAGGUUGUCAGUCAUGGGGAUAAGACGGAUAUAAGUUAUGAAAAGGUCGCGCAGAGCGUGGGUGUGUUCUUGGGCAUCCCGUUGGGUGCUGCGGUACUCACGAGAUUGGUAUUGCGGUCCCUGUUGGGAGAGGAACGGUACCAGCGCCGCUUUAUCCGCUAUAUCGCACCGCUUUCACUCAUCGGGCUGUUGUAUACAAUCAUUGUUCUUUUUGCUAGCCAGGGCGCGCAUGUAGUUCGGCAGAUUACGGAUGUGCUAAGGGUUUGCGCGCCGUUGUUGGUUUACUUCAUCGUCAUCUUUACGAGUACAGUUUGGUUUUGCUGGAAGAUGGGAUUUAGCUACAAAGUCAGUUGCACGCAGAGCUUCACAGCUGCGAGCAAUAACUUCGAGCUGGCUAUUGCGGUAGUGGUUGCUGUGUACGGGGCGGGUAGUGGGCAGGCGCUGGCGAGUACAGUGGGUCCAUUGAUUGAGGUCCCUGUACUGGUGCUUCUUGUAUAUGUUCUCAAGUGGAUACGGAAGAGAUGGCAAUGGGUCUAGACUCUAGACCUUGGUAGCAGUGUAUGAUGAUCGGAAUAAGACAUCCACCACCAUGUAAGCUAGCCGUUGAAUCGGACCUAGGACUCAGUCGUGAGGAAGGUACAUUUGGAAUGUUCCUUGAACGCUUGUGCUGGUGUGCCUUAGUGACAUGUUUGUCGGGACGGUUCAGCAAUGGAACGCUCUGUCGAGGUUCCAUCGUUUGUAACAAUCAAUGUCUAGCAACCAGUCAUGUACGAGCGGAGAACGUACCGAAGUUCUUUUCUAUACACUAAGCAUAUACACCAGCAUCAUUAGUCAACCACAACCAGUGUUAGACCAACGU